GCAGACACAAACACCCUCCACUAGCAACCUAGUCUUCCUCCUAGAAACAGGCUCCACUAGUCUUCGCCAUUGAUCAUUCUCCACAACGUCGAGUAGACACAAAGUCACCACUCAUCAGGCCAGGCAGGGCAAGCAUGUCGAGCUCUGAGAUGGACUCGUCGUCGCUGGACAGCCAACUCAGGUUCGACGCGUACGCGGUGCUGGUAGCGUUCGGCGUGGCGGCCGUCCUCGUCGUCUGCUUCUGGCAGCUCUACAAGCUCACCGUGUCCGCGCGCCCGCAGGACAUGCUGCCCGUCUCCUCCUCUGGCUCCGGCGGCGGCAAGGCUCCGAGGCAGAGCGACAUCGCUGCGCUGCCGGUGUUCGUGCACGGCGGCGCGGCGGGAGUGGAGUGCGCGGUGUGCCUGGCGGAGAUGGCUGACGGGGAGAAGGGCCGGCUCCUGCCCGGUUGCGGGCACAGGUUCCACGUCGAGUGCGUCGACCGGUGGUUCCGGACCAACUCGACGUGCCCGCUCUGCCGGGUCGCGGUCUUCGGCGAGCCGAGCGCGGUGGAGGCGCACAAGGUUGUCCCCGCGGCUGCUGCCCCUGCCGUGGCUGUGCUGCAAGUUUGAGCUCGUGUUGUUGAUCUUUUCUUUUACUUAUAAACUUGUGUUGUUCAUACAAAUGCUCAGUUAUUGGUAAUUCGUAGAGAGAAAUGUCAAAUCUUUGCCCAUCACAUCAGGGUUGCUCAUUUCCUGUUGGUGUGCCACGUAUAAAGAAAGUAUACUUCCGUACUGGUCACAUCGCAAUCACUCUUUUGUUCACUGUUGUAUCGAUCUGAGUAUCUGACCACGUGUGGCAUCUUUGUACGAAGCAAUUUUAU